GGUUAAACUAGAAUAAGUGGAAAUUAUUAUUCGAGGCAAACCGAUAUUCUCUUAAUUAAAAAUUCAAGGGUUAAGGCUUCUUCCCAGAAACCCAUUCGGAGCCAAUUUGGGAAAAGAUAUGUCGAUUUCCGGCGAUUAUAGCAGAAAACGGCCGUUUAUGGAAACAGAUACGCCGGCAACAAUCCUGUGCACAGUGGUAGCAAUUGAUUACAACAAUCUCUUCUACAGAGUGUGUAGUGUGUGCGAAAGGACUCUGCCGGAGAAUUCCGACCUUUUCUGCCGCCACUGCAACUUCACCAGCGGUUUCAAUCCUGCUUCCAAACGCCUCUUUCGUGUUCUCAUGUCAAUCGGUACAGAUACGAAGAUCAUGGUGGUGAUAAUGUUCGAUAGGGCCGCCAGAGUGUUGUUUGGUUGCUCCGCCGACGAGUUCUUCGACUUUGCCAAAACUCACCCCUACGCCUCUGCGACGGCCAGCAAAGCUCUGGAAGGGGAGAUGUUGACUGUGACAUUAUCGAAGCCCAAGAAUGGAAAUGCUCAGCACCUGCGAGUCGUAUCAGUUGUGCCCAUGGGAAGUGGUUUUCAGCCAGCUAUCCACAUUUUGAAGGAAUUGUAUCCACACUAACUCUCUCUUCUAUUCUGUAAUAACAAGUUCUUCAAUUCUUGCUCAAUGUUUUGUCGUAGUUGAGAACGAAUUUCAAUUCUUGCUCUAAUAAUAUUCAUAUUGUUGAGUUUUGUUGAUCAGAAGUGGUAAAAAAUAAAAAUACAGAUUUUUUUUUUAUGACAUCAA